AUGUUUGAAGGCCAUGACACUACUGCUUCUAGUAUGGGUUGGACAUUGUGGUGUGUAUCUUGUAAUCCAGAUAUUCAGAAGAAGAUUCACGAUGAAAUGGAUGAUAUCUUCGGCUCGUCAGAUCGCAGUUGUACAAACGAAGACCUAAAGUCAAUGAGAUAUCUUGAACAAUGCAUCAAAGAAUCUCUGAGACUUCGCCCGCCAGUACCAAACUUUACACGAAAGCUUGAGCAAGACAUAGAUCUCGAAGGAGUAGUAAUACCAAAGGGUUGCUCGAUAAUGAUCACACCUGCUAUGAUUCAUGCUAAUCCACAGGUUAGUUACCGUUCCUGA